AUGGCUUUCCUCCGUUUUUCUAAAAACUCACUAUUUCUCAUUCUCUUCCUUUUACCAGCUCUUCUCUUUCCCAUUACCCAACAAUGCAACCAUCAUCACUUCUCUGCUUUCCUCCACCUAAAGCAUGGUUUUCACUUAACUGCUUUCAGCCUCUCUACUCUCUCCUCAUGGAAUUCAAACAAUACCAAUUGCUGCUCUUGGGAAGGCAUCACGUGCGAUGGACCCACUGGUCACGUGAUCAGCCUCGACCUCAGUGAGCUCCAUAUCUCUGGUCGGAUUGAUUUUGAAAGCCUAUUUCGUCUUCGGAGCCUGCAGAGGCUCAACCUUGCUUACAAUGAGUUUGAUCCCACUCCAAUCCCAUCUGGGUUUGACCAGCUCACCAGUUUGACCCAUCUCAACCUCUCUCAGUUAUCCUUUUAUGGCCAAAUCCCACUGGAAAUCUCCCGCUUGACCGCUUUGGUUUCUCUCGAUCUUUCUUCCAAUAAUUAUUACAACGGUUCUAUAUAUCAACUCCUGAAAAUCGAAAACCCAAGCCUUGGAGCACUCAUCCAAAACCUGCCCAAUCUGAGUGAACUCUAUCUCGACUCGGUAGACAUCUUAGCGCUGGGUAGUGAGUGGGGCCAACCCCUAUUCUUCCGACUCCCUCCUCUCCGCAAGUUGAGCUUACAAGUUUGUGGUCUUUCGGGCUCCAUCUAUUCUUUCCUUUCACAGCUCCAUUUCUUAUCUGAACUCGACCUCAGUGGAAACAAUCUCUCCUAUGCAGUGCCCAGUUUCCCAGUGAGUCUGCGCAAGUUGAUCUUAAUAGAUUGUGGUCUUUCAGGCUCCAUCUAUUCUUCCCUUUCACGGCUCCAUUUCUUAUCUGAACUCGACCUCAGUCGAAACAAUCUCUCCUCUGCAGUCCACAAUUUCAUAGGGAACUUAUCCUCCUUGACGUCCCUACUCCUUACAGAUUGUGGAUUGCAAAGAAAAUUCGCCGACAGUGUUUUCCAGCUGCCAAACCUACAAAUCCUUGACAUGUCGAGGAAUCCCCUUCUGACUAGCUAUUUGCCAGAAUUCCCUCGAAACAAUACUCUACAGAAAUUGAUCUUGUCAGGCACAGGGUUUUCAGGAAAGAUACCAGAUUCAGUCAGUAAUCUCAAAUUCUUGACUCAAUUAGACCUCAGCAAUUGCAACUUGUCUGGUUCAUUACCAUCCUCACUUUCGAACCUUACCAAACUUCAAUACUUGGAUCUUUCACAAAAUAGAUUGAGCGGUCCGAUUCCUUCUUCCUAUGGAAAUGAGCUUCAGAAUCUCAAAGAGAUCAUCUUAUGGAAUAAUUUGCUUAAUGGGACCAUUUCAUCAUCUUUGUUUUCACUCCCAUCAUUACAUACGCUGGACCUCACAGGUAACCAACUUAAUGGUCAACUUGGUGAGUUCCACAAUGCCUCUUCUUCACGGCUGGAGAUCCUCUAUUUGGAUAGCAAUAAAUUGCAUGGGAUGAUACCCGGAUUUAUCUUUCAACUUUCCAAGCUUCAACUACUUUCCCUUUCUUCCAAUAAUUUCAGUGGUGUUGUGGAGCUAUGCUUAUUUCAAAACCUCAAAAAACUUUAUUAUCUGGAUAUUUCAGAUAACAACUUGUCAGUCCAAGAUGGCAUUGCUAAUUCCACAUUUGUUCCCAUCCCCCAGAUUGAAUCUUUGUUGUUACGUUCUUGCAACAUCAGCUCAUUUCCAAAUUUCUUGAGAAAUCAAGAGCGGUUGAGGGAAUUGGACCUUUCCAACAAUAAAAUUAUUGGCGAAAUACCCAAAUGGAUAUGGGAGGUUGGCAAUGGGUCUUUAUACUAUUUAAAUCUUUCUCACAAUGUUCUGCAGAGAAUAGAACCAUCUCCACAUCUUUUGUUGAGUGCCUUUAGCAUUCUUGACUUUAGCUUCAACAUGCUAAAAGGUUCACUUCCAAUACCAUCACCAUCUGUCUUUUUCUUCUCAGUUUCAAACAAUAGCCUCCGUGGAGAAAUCCCUCUAUCAUUUUGCAAUGCAACAUCCCUAGCGGUCUUUGAUUUAUCUCACAAUCACUUCAUUGGUCGGAUUCCAUCAUGUUUGGGUGAGAUUGGUGAUAGCCUUAGUGUGUUGAAUCUUCAAGGAAAUGCUUUCAUUGGCACCUUACUUCAGACAUUUAAAGAGGGAUGUAACAUACAAACGCUUGAUCUUAGUGGGAAUCAAUUAGAGGGCCAAGUGCCACGGUCUUUGGGCAAUUACAAAAUGUUGGAGAAGCAUUGCCCCUUUUGCGCAUUCUUAUCUUAA